GUUCAGGCAAAUUGUCUUGGCAUGUGGCAAUUUUUCUUGGAAGAUCCAAUGAUUAAUGUCAUUUACCAUGCAAGUGGGCUGAAACGCCGGCGGCAUUGGUAAACCAAAAAAUGAACGGUGAAGAACAGGAGAAUUGCGGAUAAAUUCUUGGCAUAUUUUAUUCGGGAUCGUUUAAAAAGCAUAGAGCUUGUUUAUUGGAUCAUAUUUACUGACUCUUCUCUUGAAAACCAAUUUUACCCUUCUCUUCUUCCCUUCAACCCUAAAAUUACAUUAUAUAUUCUUGCUCACUUGAUGUGCGCUUAUCGAACUUCUUUACCUUUUUUCGAAUAUGGAUCGCAAAACGGUUCCAAACGGUUCACAAUGCUGUUUCGGCGAUGUGUUCCCAAUCAAUGCGAACGCACUGAUCUUGGACUUGGCAUCACAGAGCGUCAAACUAAGAAGAAGACGAGGCAAUAGCAUUGACGAAGGAGACGCAAAAGACAAAGCGGAAUUUCUUCAACUUACUCCUGCACACGUUCAUAGUCGUGCACCAUUUCCGAGUCCUUCAAGACGAUUAUUCGAUAGGCAUUUACCUUUGCUUCAACCGAGAAAGAUUUUCAAAUCAACUGCUCCACUCAAAAUAACAAAAAUGUCAACUUCGCAACAAUUUGGCGAAGAUAUAGAGCUAAUCCAGUCGGGACGUCAAUGCUCAAAUAUGACAGCAACGCAUCCAGAAAACAAUAUCAGAAGGAAAAGGAAUAAAGCACUCGGUCACGCAUUGAGAAAAUCGCGGGACUUAAGGAAUGCAAAAGAGCUAGCAGAGAUGCUAGGGAGGCCUUUACCACCUCUGCCACCGGUUGAUCCUACGGAAAACAUGGCAAAAGUCUUGGCUGAUUCUCCUUUGGAAUUGCCAGAGCCACCAUGUCGACCAAAGAGAUCACCGGCAAGGCUAGCGGCAGCAUUGCCACCAAUCGACCAAAAGCCAGCAACAUCAAAGAAGGCAAACGAUGAUGAUGAUGAUUGGGCAUCUUUUAUUUCGAGAGGAUAUGCAUUAUUUCCUCAGCCUCCUUCUACUAGACCCAUUGUUUCCAAAUCAAAUCGGUCACGGCUAGCGCAUAAGCAAGCAAAAAGACUUAGCGGUCUUUCACGAUUUGACACAGAUUCUUGCUCUCCUCAGUCAAGCAUGGACAGUGUUAUGAUGCGAAGAUCAAAAACUGUUCCCCAAAAGACUGGAAUCGAUUGGCUUGAUGAUGAAUUGGCAUGGGUGAGCAGCGAUGAUGAACGCGAAGAACUUUGUCGAGCAAUGACACCAUCAGAAGGUCCAAUUUCCGCUUUCACGGCUGGCUUGGGCCUCACACGCUCUGCAAGUACGCCACCUUCAUCAUCAGUUGAUACAUUCCCAGGUUCAGAUUCUUCUAUCUCAAUCUUCCAAACGCCAUCACAACAAAUGCAACAACAAAAGAACAAAUGGCGUUUGAGCGGCGUGAGCGAUGUUUUCGUAACACCAACUGCCAGUCCGCAAAUCGACUUGGGAACAUUGACAAUGAGUGGCAAAGAUGGAAAGACACUUUCAAGCAUCAAACGUGCUCACUUGCCCAUGUUUGCAGGUUUGGCAGAUGCAGUUUCUCGUUAUGCAGCCGAAGCAGCGGGCUUCGAGCGUAACAUAGAUGAAGAAAGAGAAGAGGAAGAAGAAGCACACGAUGACUUUGCCGCUAUUGCCAAUAGACAUGAUAGUGUUUCUUCCAUCACUUCUUCAAGUGCAAUGAGCAGAGACUUCUCCAGCGCAACAACCAUUUCCACCCGUCCAUCUUCCAUUGCGGGUAUCUCGGAAUGCGGCUCAUCUGCUUCUUGGGCUCGCAGUCCAACUUCACAAGCACGCAUGAGACAGUUGCCACCUUCAACUUCAUCCAGAGUAGGAUCGGUGGAUGGAUCAAUGAUCGGUCAAGACUUUUCCUUCCCAUCUACGUCAACGAUGGACAAGCUUACUCAUUCUUCUAGCAAUAAGCAUCAUCGUAAGCCAUCCGAUGCAUCCAGUAGUCAUUCAAAAGCACCUAGACGUAGAAGAGGAUCUAAAGUUCCAUGGCCACAAGAAGGAUCAAUUCCUCCUCUAGCACCAGUCCGCAUUGCAAGCUUGCAGACAGCUCAAAGUCAACCUGCCUCAAGUCCUGAACGAUCUGAGAGACAGCUCAUGGGCUCCUGGCUUGAUCAAGGUGAACAAUUUGAGCCAACGCCAGUUGCACAAAGCAAUGCAUCUUCCUCCACGGUUGUGUUUGAUCUUUCUUCUACUUCAACCAUCAACCAACAUCGUAAUGCACUAGCAAGUCGAUCGACAGUUGAUUUAAUGCAACCAAGCUCUCCAGCUCCACCAGUUGCCAAAUCUGGAUUGCGAGGUUUGUUUGCUCGUCAACGUAGACAAAGUACUAGCAACGUUUUGGAUAAUAAAAGUCAACAGUCACUCGUUCCGUCUGUAAAGAGUGCUGAUUCGACAGGUUCAAUCGAUCGUACUCGUCCUCCUGCUCAAUUGGCAGAUCGUAUUUUGUCAAAGAUGGGCGGUGGUAGUGCAUUUAAUGCUUUGGAUGUUGCUCGUCCGUUGGCAGAUGUACCCGUUACACCAACAACGACAUCCGAUGAACCUGCGCCACAAAGUAGUCCAUCUCAAAAGAUCUUUGGCAGUGCUUCUUUAGCACCUCAUCCAAUGCCUUAUGGAUUACGUCAAUCUUUGGAUCAAGAUCGUAUGACUGCUGCCGAUGGUUUACGUGCAUUUGCUGAAGCAAGUAGCGCUUCUCGUCGUACAUCUACAAUUUCCACAAAAGCCAUGCCAACUCAACUUGCCGGCCAUUAUACCAAUUCUCGUGGAAAUUCUUCAAGCGUUUCACGUGCUGCAAGUUUGCGUAGUCGUGUUCGUGGGUUAGUGUUUGAUUAUGAUCCUGCUUCUCCUUUUUACGUUUAUGAUGGUGAUGAACAAAUUCCCGUCAAUACCGUCAAAACACCAACGAGUGCACGUCAAAAAAGUGCUGGCGCACCUCCAGUCACAUUCUGGCGUCGUGGUGGUGCAAGAGCUCUUUCGGCUUGUGAUUCAUACGAUGACGGAGAAUCUGAUCGAAGGACCAGCCUUGAUCAAUCAUACGAUUCUAUCAAUACAAUCAAUAGCGUUCAACGUACUGCUGCUCCCGCUCAACAACAAUCCGUUCGUCGAAAGAGCUCGUUCAAUUUAUGGAAGUAGAUCGACUACUUCUCCAUACAUCUUACCCUUCGCUUUCUUAUAUAUAUAUUAUUUUCUGGAAUGUUGUCUUCUAUGGUUCUCAUUUCACUGUAUCAUUUUUGGGGCUCAUGCUUCUCUU